AUGCGGAGGACGCGAGGGCUCGCGGUUUGUUUGGGUUGUGGGCGGUGCGCGCACAGCCUGGGAAAAGCGGGAAAUGGCGGCGCCGAGCGCGGGUCCCCGGUUCGCCCUCCAGCAGAAGGGGCUGAUGACCGCUGAUAGGGGGCGCAGGAUAUUGGGAGUGUAUGGCAUGCAUCCUGACCAUCAGGAAGCUCUAAAAAAGAACCGAGUGGUGCUGGCCAAACAGCUGUUGCUGAGCGAACUGUUAGAACAUCUCCUGGAGAAGGACAUUAUCACCUUGGAAAUGAGGGAGCACAUUCAGGCCAAGGUGUGCAGUUUCAGCCAGAAUGUGGAACUCCUCAACUUGCUGCCCAAGAGGGGCCCCCAGGCUUUUGAUGCCUUCUGUGUGGCCCUGAGGGAGACCAAGCAGGGUCACCUGGAGGACCUGUUGCUCACGACCCUGGCUGGUCUUCAGCACAUAAUCCCACCGUUGAGCUGCGACUACAACUUGAGUCUCCCUUUCCCGGUGUGUGAGUCCUGUCCCCGCCGCAAGCAGCGCCGCCUGUCUCCAGAUACCGUGGAACACUCCCUAGACCAUGGAGAUGGUCCUCCCGGCCUUCAGGUGAAGUCUUGCACUCCUGAGUUUUAUCAAACGCACUACAAGCUGGCCUAUAGGUUGCAGUCUCGGCCUCGUGGCCUGGCACUGGUGCUGAGCAACGUGCACUUCACUGGAGAGAAAGACCUGGAAUUCCGCUCUGGAGGGGAUGUGGACCACAGCACUCUAGUCACCCUCUUCAAGCUCUUGGGCUACAAAGUUCAUGUUCUUCUUGACCAGACUGCACAGGAAAUGCAAGAGAAGCUCCGGAAUUUUGCCCAGCUACCCGCUCACCGUGUCACGGACUCCUGCAUAGUGGCGCUCCUCUCGCACGGUGUGGAGGGCGGUGUCUAUGGCGUGGAUGGCACGCUGCUUCAGCUACAAGAGGUUUUUCGGCUCUUUGACAAUGCCAGCUGCCCGAGCCUACAGAACAAACCGAAAAUGUUCUUCAUCCAGGCGUGCCGUGGAGAUGAAACAGAUCGUGGGGUCGACCAGCAAGACGGGAAGAACCAUGAGAGGUCCCCCGAGUGCGAGGAGAGCGAUGCCAGUAAAGAGGAGGGGCUGAAGAUGCGACUACCCACUCGCUCGGACAUGAUUUGUGGCUACGCCUGCCUCAGAGGGACCGCUGCCAUGCGCAACACCAAGCGGGGCUCCUGGUACGUGGAGGCCCUCGCUCAGGUGUUCUCUGAGAGGGCCUGUGACAAGCAUGUGGCCGACAUGCUCGUGGAGGUGAAUGCGCUCAUCAAGGAGCGUGAAGGCUACGCCCCGGGCACGGAGUUCCACCGAUGCAAGGAGAUGUCCGAGUACUGUAGCACUCUGUGCCGCCACCUCUAUCUCUUCCCGGGACACCCUCCCACGUGAUGCCACCUCCCAUCACCCAUGCCACGUGGAGGCCGCUGGACCACAGGAGGCGUGAUAGAGCCGCCUCUCUCCAGGAUGCACGGUUUCUGUCCCUCCCCCUCAGGGAUUGGGAAUCUCCCAGGCUCCCUUCACACGCCCAUCAUCUCCACCCUUGACCUCGGACUACAGACCGGCUCCUCCCAUGGGAGGCGCUCUCCCUGUGGAACCAGCUCCCUGUGGCUGGACUUGUUGCCAGGAGCGUUUGGCCUCAGUUGAGGGACCUGGCAAAUGAUGUUAUGAACAUAGUGUCUCAAUGGGAAGAGGGCAUGUGGGUUUCCUCGAUGUGUGUUCAGUUUCUGCCCCCAGGGCUCUUGUAGGAAGCGUUUGGUGAUUGCUAUUAUUACUUUAGUUGAGAUGUCUCAGAGGUCAUCUCCCAUCUUUUCUGUCACGUCCCAGCCCCAUUUGUCUCAGAGUGAGAGUUUGGAAGGUGUCCUGGUUUAACAUAGACCUUUUUCAUUUGGUUUCAAAAGGCCAAUCAGGACAGGAGUCACUCUCUGCUGCUGUGGGUGGGCCCUUACCUGUGCAUUCAUUCCCUUCAGUUCCAGAAUGUCGCCCCCUGGAAGGACCGUCUUCUCAACUCCACUCUUGGCUCCUUGGGGCUCAGGGAAUCCAGCGUUCAGUGGAGGUUAGGGUUUGGAUGCCUUGUAUCUGUUACUUGUUGAUCUUUGCCCAUGGAAGUUUCACAGAUCUUUUAAUUGGUUGUUCUCUCUCUGAGCUUUGUACCUGAAAUGAGCCUUGCAGGGAGUGUCAGCAGAGGCAGAUAAGAGUGGUGUGCUUGCUCAUACUUUGUAAUCUGUCCCCUUAUCCUCGUUUUUCUUCCUAUGAAGUGUCCCCUCUAUAAAAGCUUCCUAGUUGUUAUCUCCCUGCUUCCUGUUUCUCCCCUCUUUACCUUCAUCUCAUCCUGUUUACUGCUGCCACCAACUCUGUCUAAAAUACUGCUUAAUUGGAUCAUUAGCUGCUCAAGGAUGUGACGUACUACCUUGUUCCCUCUUUCUGCUUCAGUAUUAAAUCCCCUCUUGAUUUUAUGUAGCCUAUUUCCCCUUCCCGUUACGACUCUCCAUGUCAGGGAGACCAGUGCUAUAUAUGUUAUUUGUUCACCCUAGAAGCCAUCUUUAUCUGUGCUUUUAUGAAACUUCCCUGUUCUUAAAGGCCUUCUUUUUUGCUGCUGUUCUUGCCGCUUUCAAUCCAGUCUCUGUAUGACAGAUUUUGGUUCGGGUUUUUAAAUAUAAAUCUGAUGCUGUUACUCCCCUGCUUGGAACCCUCUGGUUUCCUAUCACACCUCAAAUAAAAUCCAGACUGUACCUUGGCCUGCAGGGCCUCAUUAAGUGCUGAUUUCCCUGUAAGCAACAGCCCACCGCCGUCCUCAGUUUCUCAAACAUUCUGAGGUCUUUCCUGCCCUAGGCCAUCAGACACUCUUCCAGGGUCCACUGAGCUCCACUCCUCACCACUCUUGGCUCUGGUGGCUUCUUUCUUUAUCCUUCGAGUCUGAGCUUAAAUGCCACCUUUUUGUGGAGGCCUUCCCAGGCCAUUCUGUCUCUAAGAAUCAUGUUUCUUUAUUACUGUGUCCUGUUUAAUGCCCCUUAUUGCACUUAUCACCAUGCAUAAUCAUCAAAUAGCGUGCUUCACUUGUUCAUUCCUGUCUCCACUUUAAGCUCCAUGAGAGCAGAAACCUUGUCUCUUUUGUUCACUAAUAUGUACCCAGUGCCUGGCAUGUCGUAGGUCUUCAGUAAAUGUUUGCGGAAGGAAGGAAACAACCCUAGCUAGACUCCUACAUUUUGACAAAAUUUCCCUUUUGGCAAAAUACCCAGUUUAGUAUUUGUACUCUGUAUUUUCCCACGUGUUUUGUUUUAUCCACUCGUAUUAUUGGCUCGUGAAGACAGAGGUCACACGUAGGACAACUUCUUCCACACCUCCCGCGGUGCCGGGCGCCAUGCUCAGCUCUCGUAGUUCAGGUGCUCAGUGAAUACUUGUUCUGCAGGGGUUCGGGGACUUGUUGCCAAGUCCUGCCCUUGGCUCAGUAUCGUAUGGAAGUAUUUGGGUGACAGAACCUUUCCUCUUCCCACUGCCAGGAUUUUGUAUUGCCAUCUGGUGCCAAAUAAACACUCAUAUUUAUUACUGA